AUGGCUCACAAUAUUUGGGCAAUCCCUCUGCAGACGACGAAUUUCAACAUUGUCGUCGCUUUUCUCGGCGGUUUCAUCUCCAUCUUUGGGCUGGUCUCGUAUCUCCUCAAGGAAAACUACUACCUCUCUGAAGCGCUCAUUUCGCUCUUGGCAGGCGUUGCUUUUGGACCGCAUGGGGCUGACUUUAUUCGGCCGAAGGACUACGCUCGGUGCGACACGCUGUCACCCGAGGAUUGUGAGGCUGAUCUCAACGCCAUCACGCUCAACUUUUCUCGCCUUGUCCUCGGUGUUCAGCUUGUUCUCGCGGGCGUCCAGCUCCCGAGCAAAUACCUCGUUAGAGAAUGGAAGUCCAUUAGCCUUUUGCUCGGCCCGGGCAUGACGUGCAUGUGGCUUACUACCAGUCUUCUUGUGUGGGCGCUCGGUGGACAACCGCCCUUCCUCCACGCGCUCGCCAUCGGAGCAUGUGUGACACCCACGGACCCUGUUCUCAGCGCCGUGAUCGUUAAGGGAAAAUUUGCAGACCACAACAUCCCGCAAGACUUGCAGUACCUCAUCACCGCGGAGUCGGGCGCCAACGAUGGCCUGGGCUAUCCGUUCCUCUUCCUUGCGCUCUAUCUCAUCAAGUUCACGGGCGCUGGAGCGACGUCUGGCGGAGCUGGCGAUGCGAUGGGUUUGUGGUUUGGCCUUACCUGGGGCUACACAAUCCUGCUCAGCGUUAUAUACGGUGCUGUGGUAGGAUGGAUUGGUAAGGAAUUGCUUCACUACGCCGAGAAGCACAACUAUGUCGAUCGUGAGAGUUUUCUUGUUUUUGCCAUUGCCCUAGCUUUGUUUGUCCUGGGAACGUGCGGUAUGGUUGGCACUGAUGAUGUGCUUGCUUGCUUCAUCGCUGGCAAUACCUUCACAUGGGAUGAUUGGUUCAGGCUCGAGACCAAGGAUGAUUCACUACAGCCGACUAUCGACAUGCUUCUCAAUGUGACCAUCUUCCUGUGGUACGGAGCUUUUAUCCCCUGGAAAGAGUUCCACGAUAACUCGGUCAUCUCUCUGCCGCAUCUCGUCGCCCUGGGCACCCUUGUGCUCCUCCUGAGGAGAUUGCCGUGGGUGUUUGGGAUGCAUAAAUGGAUUCACCAGAUCGAAGAGGUUAAACAGGCUGUGUUUGUUGGCUUCUUUGGACCCAUUGGUGUCUCGGCCAUCUUCUACCUAUUCAUCACUCUUGAGUUCAUUGACGAGCACCUCAGCGACGAAGAGGGUAACCCGCGUAGCGAUGUCAAGGAAUUUAGCGAGUUGACGCGCGUUGUGAUUUGGUUCCUCACUGUUUGCAGUAUUAUCGUUCAUGGUCUGAGUAUCCCAGUUGGAAAAAUCGGAUUCUACGCCCCAAGAACACUAAGCCGUGUAGUCAGUGAGAGUCUGAGCACAGAGGGACAAAUCACAAGCGGUCGACGAAACAUCCCAAUAUUUGGGAGGUUUCUACCUGGCGGUGGCAAGAAGAGUCCUCCGGCCAGGGGCCCAAUUGUUAUCACUGGUGGACGAAGCCUCCGCCCGGAGUUGCCCAUUCACGCUCAACAGGCUGGUGAUGAUACACCACCAAGAAGAGAGAUUCGGUUCCCUGAUGAAGUAUGA